UGACUUGCUUACCGCCGAGAAAAACAAUACCUAACGGACAAUGAUUCGGCGGAAUGUUAUUUCUAGCAGUUUUCAAUCGGAUUGAAUGGAAUCUGUCGGUAUAUUUUUAUUUCUUUACUAUUUUACUGCUUGGUGAAUUGAUAAGUUGCGAAAAAGACACUGAAGGAAGUGCUUCGAUAGGUGCCAUGACCUCGCCCAAUAAAAUUUGGCAUCAACGAAGAACAUGCUUCAACAUGGCAGAUCCUGCGUUGGAGGAAGCUAAACAAUUCUUCCAGGACCUGACCCCGUACCGCAGUAAACACUUUGAGCCAAUAUCCGAUGAAGCAAUACGAGGAUUUCUGCUGUAUUUUUCAUCCGUAACGAAAGUUGUUGAAAGACUUGAUAUGACGAAAGGGGAAUAUCGAUUAAGCAUUGCUUGGUAUGAUACUAUCGGAGACUAUCUACGUGGAUAUUUAAUACCAAUUUCCCAGUAUUGCUUCUACGCUGGGAACGUCAGUUACCAAUCAGUUCAUUCUGUGUCAGAUUACUACCGAACAAUUAAAAUGGUUCUCGACACAAGCGGACAAGGAUGGAGCCGAUCGAACAUUACCAUCAUGAAUGUAGAACAAUCUGUUGACGCUUUUGGUACCACUAAAGCCCGCUUCAACUGCUCAGAGCUCGCGUUUAAUACUUCCACAGACAUUCCUCUCCCGAAGGUAGAGCUGGAUGAUGACGAUCAAGUAAUCAUCUCAUUAUGGGUUCCGCUGAAGUCGCGCCAAUUCUACGAUCCUCGAUCGAAAAGAUCACUGUCAGUUCUCCGCAUUUAUUAUCAAACAGUUGACCGAUGUAUUCCACAUACGGCGAAGUCACGUAGGAAUUUUGUGAGCACAUUCAUGAAAUGGAUCGACCAGAACCUAACCAAUCACCUGAUGGACGAACAGUUUUAUCCUGGGUUAGAGUCAAUUCUUCGAAUUAAAAAAACCCUGGAAGCGACCAUCGCUGGUAAAGUUCUAACGAAAAAGUCAGUCGAAGAAAAUGAUAACGAAUCGAACGAUGAGUCUCGAGGAUUUUUCGGAGAUCUGUUCGCUCCGAUCGUAUCCUCAAGUGCGGACGAAGACUACGAGGAUAACGAAGACAGGCUAAAACAAGAUCGUCUAUAUUACAUCAAGAUUGGCAUCGCGUCCAUCGGCUUAGGACUGCUAUUGCUGAUAGUAAUAGUGGCAGUUGUAAAGUUGAUAAAAAAUAGAAAAAUGAUGAAGCGGAAAUCAAAGCAUACUCGGUUGAGGAGUUCAGAUCGAAGAAGGUUCUCGGGCCAUCAAAAUGGUGCCGCAUCGGACGAAGAAGUUCUAUUGGCACUUGACAAAAAACCAUCAAAGACUAACGCAUCGGAAACCAGUGACAGUCGUUGGCGAUACGUUAAACCUUCGAUUAGCCAGAAAUUUCUACGGAAAAAAGACCCACCCAGCAGGCAGCUGAUGCCCGCGUUUAGUGACUCGGAAGACAACAGUGAUCCAAUUCCGUUUCAGCCGAAAAAGCAGUCCGUUGAACGAACGCCUCUGAUCGGAGGAAGGGAAAGUAACAAUAGACGAAAGAAACGUUGCGGGCGGGGUUGUCUGUGCAUGAACUGCAUUCGAGUGCCGAAAACAUCGGCUGAAUCUCAGGAUAUCCAAAGCAGCUCCCAGUACAGGCUGGUUGAUGAAACGGGUGCUGGGAAUGAUGUUGAGCAGAUCAAGAAUAUUGCUCCAACCAGGGAGGAAAGUUCUCGACGAUCGUGUACUGUCCAUAAAAAGGACUUGUCGAAAAGUAGAGAAUAAUGAACGAGAGCAGAAGUACUAGAUCGUAACCUAACGAUAACAAUUUCCUAUAAUUCGCGUUGAUACAACAAUAAGCUCAAUGGGCAUUUUU